CAUGCCUGAAGCCACCAAACUGCCCAUUCCUGUCCCUUCUAACGACCCUAAGAAGAAACAGCCCGAGGAGAGGCCCGAAGAGGAUGAUAAGGGCGCUGCAUCCAAGAAGAAGGACGAGGACAAGGAUGGAGAGGAUCUGUCUGAGGAAGAUCUUCAACUUAAGAAUGAGCUGGAGAUGCUCAUCGAACGGCUGCGGGAACCGGAUACGAAACUCUACCGGCCUGCUCUAGAGACCCUCAGGACACUAAUCAGGACAUCAACGUCCUCUAUGACCUCCGUCCCUAAGCCGUUGAAGUUCUUGCACCCUCAUUACCCCAGUCUGCAGGCUCUAUACGAGACAUGGCCUGCGUCAGACGACAAGAGUCUCUUUGCAGACAUUCUCUCCGUCCUUGCUAUGACGUACUCCGACACACAACCUCGAGGGACACUCCGCUACCGCCUACUUUCGGCCGCCCUUAGCCCAUCAUCACCCCUCUCAGAACCUGGUUCCUGGGGUCACGAGUACGUUCGCCACCUUGCCGCUGAACUCGGCGAGGAGUACAACUCGCGUGAGUUGGACGAGGCUGGCGUGGAGAAGGAGUCGGAGGAGAGCAAGGUCCCUGGUACGGUGGACGACCUCCGCAAUCUCGCUAUUCAAUGCGCCACCUUCCUGCUGCACCACAACGCCGAGCCCGACGCUGUGGAUCUUCUCGAGGAGAUGGAAAUUGUCGACAAGAUCGUGGAUCUCGUGGACGAGAACACGUACGAGCGCGUGUGCCAGUACAUGAUUCGUUGUGUCAAUCUCCUCCCACCACCCGAUGAUGUCUCUUUCCUCCGUACCGCACACGGCAUCUAUGCGAAGCACCACAAGUUCCCGCAGGCCUUGGCCUUGUCAGUACGUCUCGGUGACCAGGAUCUCAUCCGCAAGGACUUCAACGCACCCGCCAACUCUAGUAUGAAGAAGCAGCUUGCGUUCCUUCUUGCGCGAGCGCAAGUGCCGAAGGAGUGGCUGGAGGCGCCUGCAGAAGAUGGUAUGGAUGAUGGCGAGUCGGAACUCCCGGAAGAUCUUGUAGAGUGUUUGAGCAACACUCGUCUAAGUACGCAAUUCAAGGAGUUCGGCAAGGAGCUCAGCGUCCUAGAGCCGAAGAGUUUGGAGGAUGUGUACAAGUCACACCUGGAGAAUACCCGGACAGCAACUGCGGCCAACGUCGACUCUGCGAAGGCCAAUCUUGCCGGCACCUUUGUCAACGCAUUCGUCAACGCAGGCUUCGGUAACGACAAGCUCAUGGCGAAGGCUGAGGAGGGCAACAGCUGGGUGUACAAGAACAAGGACCACGGCAUGCUCAGCGCUGCCGCCUCGCUCGGUCUCUCCCUCCUAUGGGACACGGACGAAGGUCUAUCCCAGAUCGACAAGUACACAUACUCGUCGGAGGAGCACAUCAAGGCCGGUGCGCUCCUCGCGUUUGGCAUCCUCAACUCGGGCGUCCGCACCGAGGCGGACGCGGCCCUUGCUCUGCUCGGCGAGUACGUCGAGAACAAGUCCGUCUCGCUGAAGACGUCGUCAAUCAUCGGCUUGGGGCUAGCGUACGCCGGCGCGCAGCGCGCGGACAUAAUGGAGCUGAUCUUGCCAUAUGUCGCGGACGACAGCGUGUCGAUGGAAAUCGCUUCGCUAGCGUCGCUCUCGCUCGGCUUCAUCUUUGUCGGUAGCGGCAAUGGCGAGAUCGCGAGCACGAUUUUGCAGACACUAAUGGAGCGCGAGGACAAGUUCCUCGACGAAAAGUGGGCGCGGUACAUGGUCCUCGGUCUCGCGCUGCUCUACCUUGGCUUGCAGGAUGGCGCGGACGCGACGAUCGCGACGCUCAAGGCGAUCGAGCACCAGAUCUCGCAGACUGCCGUCGUCCUUGUCGACAUGUGUUCGUACGCGGGCACGGGUAACGUCUUGAAGGUGCAAGAGUUGCUGCACUACUGCGACGAGCACAUCGACAAGACCCCGAAGGAGAAGAAGGACGACAAGGACACGACGCCGGAAGAGCCGCCGAAGGACGACACAUUCCAAGCGUUUGCUGUCAUUGGUAUCGCCCUUGUCGCGAUGGGUGAGGAGAUUGGUUCGGAGAUGUCUCUACGACAACUUAAUCACCUCAUGCACUACGGCGAGCCCAUCGUCCGGAAAGCCGUCCCUCUCGCCCUCGGCCUCGUCAGCGCAUCAAAUCCCCAACUGCCCAUCAUGGACACGCUGUCGAAGUACUCGCACGAUAACGACCUGCAGGUCGCGCUCAACGCGAUCUUCGCGAUGGGCCUCAUCGGCGCAGGCACAAACAACGCGCGCCUCGCGCAGAUGCUCCGGCAGCUGGCGGGCUACUAUUACAAGGAGCCCGACUGCCUGUUCAUGGUCCGCAUCGCCCAGGGCCUCGUGCACAUGGGCAAGGGGACGAUCACAAUCAACCCCUUCUUCUCGGACAGGUCCAUCAUGAGCAGGACGGCGGUCGCGGGCCUGUUGGCGACCCUCACGGCGUUCACGGAUGCUAAGGGCUUCAUCCUCGACCGUUACCACUGGAUGCUCUACUUCCUUGUCCCUGCGAUGUACCCGCGGUUCCUGAUGACACUCGACGAAGAGCUGAACAACAUCCCGGUGACGGUUCGCGUCGGUCAGGCCGUCGAUGUCGUCGGUCAGGCAGGCAAGCCAAGAACGAUCUCGGGCUUCCAGACACACUCAACGCCGGUGCGAUUGGGCACCACGGAGCGCGCGGAGCUUGCAACAGAAGAGUACAUUCCCUUCGCACACGUACUGGAAGGGUUCGUCAUCCUGCAGAAGAAUCCGGGAUGGGAGAAGGAGGACAAAAUGGACAUCUGAGCGGGCCGUUGAACGCGGGGGUAUGAUGAUGAUCACUCUUGUGCAUGGCGACACUAGUAUUGUAGAACUUUGCUUUCGUUGUAUCUGUAAUGUUAUUUCCCUUCGCUUUAGUUGGGCCUGACGCAUGCAUCGUCAGUUAUGGGCACUAUAAUGAUCGCGACAAGAUUUC